AUGUUCAAACAGAGAUUAAGUAACCCAGAAGUCCCAGAGAUUGCGACAUUGUCGAUUUCUUCAAUGUCAGAUUACCAUGUUUUUGAUUUCCCAGGCAAAGAACAACAAAGAGAACAGGUUGUUGACUUGCUAGACCAACAAGGUUUCAUCCCAGAUGACUUAAUUGAGCAAGAGGUAGACUGGUUCUAUAACUCCCUGGGUAUUGACGAUUUGUUUUUCUCAAGAGAGUCUCCACAGCUGAUCGCCAACAUUGUACACUCCUUGUACGCAUCAAAGUUGGAAUCCUUUGCCAAAUCGAAUUUUGUUGGUGUCCAACCCCAACAUUUCAACAUCAAGAAUAAGAUCAUCACCGAUAGUAGCCAUGCUAUCUUUAUGGAGUCAAAUUCAGCCUCUCCCGAGUUCUUGGAGAAAACAGAUCAAACAGGGGGUAUCGACCAACAAUUAGAAGGUGGUAAAGCCACAACUAAAAAACACACGGAUAACCCACCAUAUGAACUUGAUGAAGAGAUUGACCAUUUAUUCCUAGAUAACAAGGAAAAGGGUAAUUGCAGAUUAGUCUCAUUUACUGCUCCUGAAAGUGAAUUGAAAUUGACUUUUGUCUAUGAGAGCCAAUCUGAUGAACCUCAAGCAGCCAUAGAUAGUACUCAAUUACUAAAGGGUCAAAUUGAUUCCAUUAGUGAUAAAACUAUGGCUCAAGUGACAUCUAUUGAGAACAAGAAACUUUACGGUUUAUUGAUCAAAUUGGUACAGGACCGUGAAGGUCCUGUCAUCAGAACUACUCAAUCUGUCGAGGAUAGUGAUGAAAUAAGAAUGUUGGUGGCUUAUAAGAGAUUCACCACAAAGAGUUACUUUUCCGCAAUCAACUCAUUAUUCCACUACUAUAAGUUAAAACCCUCUAAAUUCUACUUAGAAUCUUUUAGAGUUAAAAACCAAGCUUCAGCUGUAAAGACGAAUAAGAAUCCAUAUGACGAUAUUAUUAUUUUCUCAAUUUACCUUCACAGAUCUCAGCAACCAGAAGAAAUUUUGAAAAAUGACUUGGAACUGGCAAUUAAGCAAGUCGAAAGAGAAGCCUCUCUAUUAUAUGCCAUCCCUAAUCAUGCUUUUACCAAGGUUUGUGCCGAGAGACAGUUCUCUCCUCAGGAAGCUGUCUACGCGCACGUAUCUGCUAUCUUUAUCAACCAUUUCAUUAACAGACUUGGUAGUGACUACCAGUCAUUGUUAUCCGUAUUGACGAUCAAAGACUCAGAUACCACACUUUUGGAAAUCUUAAGUAACUUGAAGAGAAAGUUAAGAAAUGAGACAUUGUCCCAACAAUCUAUCAUCAAUGCUCUAGAGAAAAAUCACAAAGUCGUAUCCAAAUUGUAUAAAAACUUUGCAGAUGUUCAUUCCCACCAUGCAAAGUCUGACAGCUUACAAAAGACUCUAUCUUACCAAAGAUUAGAGCAAAUUGAACCAUUUAAGAAUGACCAGGAAUUCCAAAGUUUCUUAAAUAAAUUCAUUCCUAAUGACUCCCCAGAUUAUUUGAUUUUACAAACUUUGAAUUUGUUUAACAAGGCGAUCUUAAAGACUAAUUUCUUUGUCACUAGAAAAGUUGCUAUUUCUUUCAGAUUGCUGCCUGAGCUAAUCAUGCCAAAGGUAGAGUACCCAGAUACCCCAUAUGGUCUAUUCUUUGUUGUAGGUAACACUUUCAAAGGUUUCCAUAUCAGAUUCAAGGAUGUUGCUCGUGGUGGUAUCAGAAUAGUGUGCUCAAGAAACCAAGACAUUUAUGAUACCAAUUCCAAGACUGUCAUUGAUGAAAAUUAUCAAUUGGCUUCUACACAACAAAGAAAGAACAAGGAUAUUCCAGAAGGUGGUUCAAAGGGUGUUAUUUUGCUAAAUCCUGGUCUUGUUGAGCAUGAUCAAACCUUCAUUGCAUUCUCUCAGUACGUCGAUGCCAUGAUUGAUAUCUUAAUCAAGGAUCCAUUGAAAGAGAAUUAUGUUGACCUUUUGGGAAAGGAGGAAAUUCUGUUCUUUGGUCCAGAUGAAGGUUCGGCCGGCUUUGUCGACUGGGCAACAACUCAUGCCCGCUCCAGAAAUUGUCCAUGGUGGAAGUCAUUCUUAACUGGUAAAUCACCAGAUUUGGGUGGUAUUCCUCAUGAUGAAUACGGUAUGACUUCUUUAGGUGUUAGGUCCUAUGUCAAUGAAUUAUACAAGACCCUUCAUUUGAAUGAAAAGACCGUUGCCAAGUUUCAAACUGGUGGUCCUGAUGGGGACUUAGGAUCCAACGAAAUUCUACUUUCUACACCAAACGAAUCAUACGUUGGUAUCCUUGAUGGCUCUGGUGUUUUAUGUGACCCAGAAGGUAUUGAUAAGGAAGAAUUGACUAGGUUAGCUCACACCAGAAAGAUGGUUAAGGAGUUUGACACUUCAAAACUAAGUAAACAAGGUUUCUUCGUCUCCGUUGAUGAUAUGGAUGUUAUGCUUCCUAAUGGAGCUAUUAUUGCUAAUGGUACUACUUUCAGAAACAACUUCCAUACUGAAAUAUUCAAAUACGUUGACCAUGUUGACGUAUUCGUUCCAUGUGGAGGUAGACCAAACUCCAUUAACUUGAAUAACUUGCACUGUUUCAUUGACGAAAAGACUAACAAAUGUAAGAUUCCUUACAUUGUUGAAGGUGCAAACUUAUUUAUCGCUCAGCCAGCAAAAUUAGCAUUAGAAGCCCAUGGCUGUGUUCUAUUCAAGGAUGCUUCAGCUAACAAAGGUGGUGUUACUUCAUCGUCUCUUGAAGUUUUGGCUUCCCUUGCAUUGAAUGAUGAUGAUUUUGUCAAUAAAUUUGUGGCCAAGAGAGAGACAACACCAGAAGGUAUAAAAUUCAUCAAGAGUCCACUGUACAAAGCAUAUGUUGUUGAGGCUCAAUCAAGAAUUGAGAACAAUGCUAGAUUAGAAUUUGGUCAAUUGUGGAAGAUUAAUCAAGAGACAGGUACGCCAAUUUCUGAGUUGUCGAAUGUUUUAUCACAAACCAUUAACAAACUGAAUGACGAAUUGGUAGAAUCUGAAGAGUUGUGGUUGAAUGAUUUGAAGCUUCGUAACUAUCUUUUGUUGGAAAAAAUAAUUCCAAAGUUGUUAAUUGAUGUUGCUGGUAAGGAUCAAAUCCUAACGAGUAUUCCGGAAAACUACUUGAAGGUUUUGCUGUCCAGUUACUUAUCCAGUACUUUUGUUUACAAGUUCGGUAUCGAUGUCAAUAUUGGUAAAUUUUUAGAGUUCAUUGGUGAAUUAAAGAGAGAUGCUGAAAAAUUCUACAGUAAUUGA